AUGACAACAAUCGCCUCACUCAAGCGGUUAUCCGCAAAAUCCCUCUCAGAGAAAAUCCUCGAGGAAGUCAACGCCACCGACCCAACCUUUGCAGUGAUUGACGUUCGUGAUAAUGAUUACAUUGGCGGUCAUAUCAAGGGCUGCACAAAUAUUCCCGCUCAUACUUUGGAGGCUAUGUUGCCGACGCUCGUGCGUCGCCUCAAAGAUAAGAAGACGGUGGUGUUCCACUGUGCUUUGAGUCAACAGCGUGGUCCUAGUGCGGCGCUCAAGUAUCUUCGUGAGAGGGAUGGUUUAUUGAGGUCUAUGGGGGAGGAGGCUAAGGAGCAGGAUGUUUAUGUCCUGGAUAGAGGGUUUACGGGGUGGCAGGAGAUUUAUGGGGAGGAUGAGAGGUUGACCGAGGGGUACGUUAAGGAUCUCUGGGAGAAUUAUUAG